AUGGUGCUGACGAACAAGGGCAGCUUUUCAUAUCUGCAGGACAAUGUGAACUACCUGCAGAUUGACGGCGCCCUGAGCAUCCGGAUUGAACGGAUCAACAACAAUGUGGCCAGAGUUUAUAUCGCGAACGCAGAGAAUGUCCAGCAGCCCGUGCCUCCACACAUCACGAUGGCAGACUCAGCAGGCGCUCCUGUGCUUCCCUUCCUGGAGAAUUUCCUGAUCACAUGGUUCGGCAGCUACGUCCUGUCAAUCAACGGGCAGCCUCACAUGAUCUUGAACAACCAGAAGCGCCAGUCUAUCAUAGGGCCCUCCUAUGCUGCCAGUGGAGUGGUGUGA